UAUUGUUGCGUCUUGUUGUGAUUCAAAGUUUCUGUUUACGUUUAUAAAUGCUUUCGUACGACCUUUCUUCAAAUACUUACAAAUUCUUUGGAUUUUACUUGAAUUUCGUCCGUUGGAUAUGAAUCGAGUCCGCCGCAAUUAGAUGGCUGUGUUUUUAUUAAAAAAUUGAGAAAUGGAAAAUGUAAAGAAUUUGUCAGAAAGUAUUAUUUGCAGUGGUAGUGACAUGAAUCACAGGACUUUUAGAGACGAUGAGUCUUGGAAUUCCUUGCAGUCAACAAUAUUGGCAGGACACUUUUCGUUAAGCCGAGAUUCUGACCCUCAAGAAGAAAAGAAUAAUCUCACAACUUUGAAUGAAGAAUCUUUAAUGGAGGAGUUGGAAUUUAAAUCAGUAGACGAAGAUGAAAACGUGUUAAAUAUAAAUUUAGAUGCAAUUUCAGAUGAUGUUUUUUUCGAUUGUCAAAAUAUUUCAAAUCAAAAGAUUUUAAACGAAUCGAAUUCACCGGACAGAAAUGAAACGCGUUCGAACAUCCUUGAAAUACCAUCUAAGCAGCAGCAGCAGCAGCAGCAGCAGCAGCAGCAGCAGCAGCAGCAGCAGCAGCAGCAAUUUUUAACUGUCAACUCUCCGAAUUCGGCAAAUAAUGAAUCAACAGCGGACAGCGGAGUAGAAGACGAAAAAACUGGAGCACUUUUAGUACAAAUAGUUGAAGAUUUUAAAGACAUGAAGGACCAUGCACAGUCGACUCCGAAACACUUGUCCCCUACAACUAAUGUAUCGAAGAACUUAACAACGCCAAUGAAUAGUGUGAGCAAUAAUAAUAAUGCAAAUAAUAUUGCCACUUCCUUAAAAAUAAUGACAAAUGUAAAUAGCGAGACGAAAAAUUGCUCCGACAGAAAGACGCUCAAUUGUUUAACAUCCAAGGUCGCUAAGCGACUACAGUCACCGUCUCAUAAACAAUAUUCGCCGGUUGACAGAACAAAUAAAGAGAAUUUCUUUGCUGGCAAAUACAGCAGUGCUGUGGAUGUUGUGUGUAAAACCGAUAUAAAUGUGGCAUCGCCUGGCGAUAAGAAGCCCUGUAAAGUCGCCGAGAUGAAACAAUUUUUCGAAAAUCAAAGCCGACUUUACGAGCAAAGUCGUAGCAGGCAGAUUGAUAGUAAAAUACCGAUGAGAAAGGUCGGACUGAAGCAAAUUUUACUUACGAAAUCUCCGCAAGUGAGAAGCACGAGAAGCCCGAGCUACCAUACGCAGGAGACCUUUAAAUUACUUAAGAGCUCAAAGGCAUUGAAAGUAAAUAAUGGCAAAAGCGCAGUUACGUUCAAUAAUAAUAAUGGCAACUCGUCCUUUUUCCUUCGUAACCAAGGGCAUUAUGCUAAUCGCGCAAGACCGUCAUCGUGUUCCGAUUUCAUGACCGAUUCGUCCACCAAUUACAACAUGUCGUCGAAAAAUACGAGCAAGUCAACCGGUGAUAUGUCGAAAAACUGCAUAAAGCACACGAAGCUCUUAUACGCAACCGAGAGGAAGAUGAUCAAUAAAAGAUCAAAUUAUUUGGUAAAUCAGUGUAUGACAUUGAACCCGAAAUCGCCAAAAAAUUUGCUAAAGGUGUCGGAUAUCAUGAAACGGAAGUCGCUUGGCUACGUCAGCUCUCCGGUAAAGCCGGUGAAAGAGCUGAGGAAGAUCUUUUCACCGGGGAGAGAAUUAAACGCUCAGGCGAAAAAACGCUCCAACAAAAAAACACCAGCAAUAAAGAUCGUCAUUAGCAAUGAAUAAAGAGGAUUAAGUUUUAUUUAUUAUACAUAUAGAUAUAUAUCUAAUUUAUUGUUUUUAAUUGUUUAAUUUAA